AUGAGUUUUUGCUGUGCUCGAUUAAUUGGGGUAUCGUCACUGAACUGGAGUUAUAAAGUAAGCCGCCGGCAGCAGACGGAGCUCAGACUGACUAUAAUGGCCCGGCAAAUAGCAACAAUCCUGCUGAUCUGCUCGUUGGUGGCGAUGGCUGGGUGUAAUCCAACCGAUGUGGACUGUACUCGUCGACAGGAUUUCAAUGUUGUCAAGGACUGCUGUGCCUAUCCCACAUUAAGGUUUGACCAGUUCCAAAGCCAGUGUGGUAUAUAUAUGCCAGAGGGUGCUCCCAGAAUUUCGCCCUGCCUUUAUGAAUGCAUUUUCAAUGAGACCAACACGGUUGUGGACGGAGCUAUUAAUCCGGAUAACGCCCGACUCAUGCUGGAGAAGCUGUUCGGCAAUCAGGACUUUGAGGAAGCCUACUUCAAUGGGCUAAUGGGCUGUUCGGAUUCUGUGCAAGAGAUGAUGAGCAGUAAGAGGACUCGCUCCCAAAGAAAGACAGACAAGUGCUCUCCAUUUGCAAUUUUCUAUGGAUUUUGUGCCCAGGAUUAUGUCUUCAACCACUGUCCAUCGUCCAGCUGGUCCGGCACUAAAUCUUGCGAGAUGGCCCGAUUGCAGAACAUGAACUGUUCGAAACCAUCACGUGGUGCUAGUCAUCGCAUAUAAAAAAACUAUAAAUGAACAUUGUAUUUGUUUGAUGGGAUGCGUUAAGCAAAUGGGUCCCAUUGAGAGUCGUUUGGACAUCCGGUUCAGGUUGUAUAUAUGCAUAUUGGGGAAUGGUAAUGCCGCAGAAGUGA